GCCAGCACGUACGCCGGAGCCCCAAUCGAUAACUCCAGGCUGCCAGAAUCGACUUUCACGAUUGAGGAAGGUCAGAGGCUGGAGACCCCGACCGAGCGGAGUCGUGUGUGCGGAAGGACCGAGGAGCCUUCCCUGCAGAGUCCAGACAGCUCAGGUGCGUGCCAAGCAAAUCCCUUUGAGCCUUGGCCAUCACGCUCCCAAUUGCUAUUAUUACCUGCUCGUCCCCGUCGCGAUCUGCCCUCCCAAUAUCAUUCCUUUCCCCUCCUCACCUUGGGACUUUUGCGAUAUACAGUACGCUGUGCGGACGUCUGUCUGUCUUCCUCGUUGGCGGGAAAUUGGGUUCGCAGACCGCCCCCACGCGUUCUUCUCUGACUUGUGAGAACCGGACAUCAUGUCAUACGAGAACGGGGGAGACCCCGAGAAGAAUCUGAAGGGUGCGGUAAUCAGCCCUGAAACGGGCUCCAGUCCUGAGCAAGCAGAUUGGGGCGUGGGAGCUGCACCCAAGGAGCCAUGGACGAGGCGUUUCAUUGACAGCUUCAAACGCGACCCGAACGCGAUGGUCUCCAAGGGCGCUCAGGUAUCGAUCGCCAAAGGAGAGUUUGACCAUAGGGCUGCGGCAGAGGCGACAGCCAACUCGGGUCUUGCUCAUACGCUCAAGGGGCGACAUCUGCAGAUGAUUGCCAUCGGUGGCUCAAUCGGUACUGGUCUCUUCGUCACUUCGGGUGCCGCGCUCUCCACUGGUGGUCCGGCCUCUCUGGUCAUCGCCUUCUGCAUUAUUGGUAUUCUCAUGUUCUGUACAGUGCAGGCUCUGGGCGAGCUGGCUGUCCUCUUCCCGGUUGCUGGCUCUUUUUCGGCCUAUUCCACUCGUUUCAUCGAUCCCGCAUGGGGUUUCGCUAUGGGUUGGAAUUACGCCAUGCAGUGGCUAGUUGUCUUACCACUCGAAAUCGUUGCCGCAUCCAUCACUUUGCAGUUUUGGCCUGGAGCCCAAGAUACCAAUGCCGCAGCUUGGGUGACCAUCUUCUUGGUCGUCAUUAUCUGUAUCAAUUUCUUCGGUGUUCGAGGAUACGGAGAAGCUGAAUUUGUCUUUGCUAUCAUCAAGGUUAUUGCCGUCAUUGGGUUCAUUAUUCUGGGCAUUAUUCUUAAUUGCGGUGGUGGUCCAAGAGGCGGUUACAUUGGUGGUCGUUACUGGUACCCCAACCGUGUUGCCCCUGAUUAUGCCGGCUACACAGAAGAUCACCAACCACCUGGAAGUAUCCAUUCUGGCGCCUUCCACUCGGGAUUUAAAGGUCUUUGCAGUGUGUUUGUGACAGCGGCGUUUUCAUUCGCUGGAACAGAGCUGGUCGGCCUCGCUGCUGCCGAAGCUGAUAACCCACGCAAGACUCUUCCUUCGGCCAUUAAGCAGGUCUUCUGGCGUAUAUGCCUCUUCUACAUUGUCGCCCUGACGAUUGUCAGCCUGUUGGUCCCUUAUGGCGAUGCGAGACUUCUCGGCCAAAGCUCUGAAGAUGCCAAGGCAUCUCCUUUCGUUAUUGCUAUCAACAACGCCGGGAUUCACGUCCUGCCCUCGAUCUUCAACGUUGUUAUCCUGAUUGCCGUCUUGUCCGUUGGGAACUCCUCGAUUUAUGGCUCUUCACGUACCCUAGCUGCCUUGGCUGAGCAGGGCCAGGCCCCUAGAUUCCUCGCCUACAUCGAUCGCCAAGGCCGACCUCUCUUCUCUAUCAUCGUCGCGUCAGUGCUCGGUCUCCUCUGCUACGUCGUUGCUGGCGGCCAAGACACCGCCAACACAGCCCUGAACUGGCUCUAUUCGCUGUCCGGUCUCUCUUCUAUCUUCACAUGGGCUUCCAUCUGCCUAGCCCACAUCCGAUACCGUAGGGCCUGGAAGAAGCAAGGCCACAGCCUCGACGAACUCGCGUUCCGCUCCCAAGCAGGCGUCAUCGGUUCCUGGAUAGGCCUUAUCCUUAACAUUCUCGUGCUCGCCGCGCAAUUCUGGACGUCCGCCUGGCCCAUCGGCUAUGGUGACGAGACCCCAGACGACCGAGCGCAGACUUUCUUCUUAAAUUACUUGGCUGCACCAGUAGUUAUCGCAUUCUACGUCCCAUAUAAGCUAUACUUCAAGACACCCUUCAUGCGCUCGAUGGAUAUGGAUCUCGAUACGGGACGCAGGGACCCAGACACGCAGGCAAUUAUUGAGGAGGAUCGCUUGGAGAAGAUGAGAAUGUCGCGCUGGAAACGGAUCUAUAAAAUAUUCUGUUAG